UCGACUUCGUACCUCUUGUAAACAUAAAACGAUUGCUACUACGGGCAAAAACGAUGUAGUCAAAUACACAACAAGUACAGCUGUCAAAAGAUUAAACCAAUAUAAGAUAGAAACUAAGUGGAUUGCACGAAGAACGGAACAUAAAGGGAAACACGGUGGUAUAAAAGUCGAAUACGUCGAGUUCGAAUGUUGUUUUAUUGAUUCAACUUUUGUGCUGUGUAGAAGCUUUCUGAACAGGCCCGGCAGUUGUUUUUAUAAAGAUUUGCCCGUUUUUCGUUAUUUUCUAUUUGGUCUAACAAAUUUGUGAAAUUUUCUUUUGGUUUUUGCGUAAUUACGUUCGCUACAUAACAAUGUCUCGUGGACCAGCAGAAGAUCAGUUGAAUUCAUACAAAAAAACAGUUAAGGAUGAGUCCAUCGUUACUACUGCUACUGGCGCACCAAUUGGCGUGAAAGAUGCUACCCAAUCGGUGGGACACCGUGGACCGCUCCUUCUUCAAGAUGUCAAUUUCUUGGAUGAAAUAUCGCAUUUUGAUCGUGAACGUAUUCCGGAACGGGUCGUUCACGCCAAAGGAGCCGGUGCUUUUGGUUACUUUGAAGUGACCCACCCAGAUAUUCAGAAGUAUUCAGCGGCCAAGGUGUUUGGCGCUGUCGGCAAAAAAACGCCGAUUGCAGUUCGGUUCUCUACGGUCGGUGGUGAGAGUGGAUCAGCAGAUACUGUACGUGAUCCCCGUGGUUUUGCCGUGAAAUUCUAUACUGAGGAUGGUAUUUGGGAUUUGGUUGGCAACAACACGCCGAUAUUUUUUAUUCGUGACCCAAUUCUAUUCCCAAGUUUCAUUCAUACACAAAAACGUAAUCCAACUACUCACUUGAAAGAUCCGGACAUGUUCUGGGAUUUUAUUUCCUUGCGCCCAGAAACUACUCACCAGGUCAUGUUCUUAUUCUCCGACCGUGGUAUUCCAGAUGGCUAUCGUCAUAUGAAUGGAUAUGGUUCACACACAUUCAAAUUGAUUAAUGAUAAAGGUGAACCAACCUACUGUAAAUUCCACUACAAAACCGAUCAAAAGAUCAAAAAUUUGCCAGUUGAUCGUGCUAACGAUUUAUCUGCAAGUGAUCCAGAUUACAGUAUCCGCGAUUUAUACAAUGCUAUUGCUAAGGGUGACUAUCCAACAUGGACUUUCCACAUUCAGGUGAUGAGCUACACUGAGGCCGAAAAAGCUUCAUUCAAUCCAUUUGAUGUGACCAAGGUUUGGCCACAAAGCGAUUAUCCAUUGAUUCCAGUCGGCAAAUUGGUUUUGGAUCGCAAUCCAAACAAUUACUUUGCUGAAGUGGAACAAAUUGCCUUCAGUCCGGCUAAUCUGGUACCAGGCAUUGAGCCAUCACCAGACAAGAUGUUGCAAGGUCGUUUGUUCUCUUACUCUGAUACACAUCGCCAUCGUUUGGGACCAAAUCAUUUGCAAUUGCCAGUUAAUUGCCCAUAUCGUGUGUCGACCAAAAAUUAUCAACGUGAUGGUUCCAUGUGCUUCACCGAUAACCAGGGCGGUGCACCGAAUUAUUUCCCGAAUUCGUUUGGUGGACCAACCGAAUGCGAACGCGCACGUAAGCUCAAUCCACCAGAGCGAGUUAGCGGUGACGUUUAUCGCAUAAGCACUGCUCAUGAAGAUAACUUCAGUCAAGCUGGAAUUUUUUACAGUAAAGUGUUGAAUGCCGAAGAAAAACUCCGUCUGGCCAACAAUAUUUCGGGGCAUUUGGCCGGUGCAUCGCAAUUCAUUCAAGAGCGUGCGGUCAAGAACUUCUCCCAAGCUAGCAGCGAAUUGGGAAUCCGCAUCGCAACAAACCUUAAGCUCAAAACAUCUGCUAAUUUGUAAGCGAUACUCUCGCGCCCAUAUUUUUAAAAAUAAUAAUUUCAUUGGUAUAAAAGAUUCUAUGCGAAUACAAAAAAGACGUUAAUUCACUAUCGAUUUCACUUUUCCAAACGGGGUUUUCCAUUGGAUUUUUUUAAAAUGUACCUUCAUAUGUAAGCACUUCGUUUGUUUUAAAGACAUUUACAAUAAAUCGUUCAUUGGUAUUGAUAUCGAUACAAAA